UUUUUUCUUACUUAGUUGCCAGCUCACAAGACGUGACAAAUUCUUAAUCUACACAAAAUGUCCCACGUUGUAGUCUUAUGGAUCUUGCACAUAACAAAUUUACAUGCUCUUCCUUCUUACUGGAGAGACGUAUCGGAACGAUCAUAUAUGCUUCUUCCUGCUUCUUUUUAUCUUGAAUAGUAUAUACGUUGAUGAAUAUGUUGUUUAGCUGUUCAAACUUGGUAAUUUGUUUAAUCGUCAUGGGAAAUUCAAUAUCCUGAAGAUUGAAUAUUUUUGUGUAACGUGGGUACGAAGAUUCCCGGUCUCCAUGUCUUUCAGCUGAAUAUAAUGCCGCGACCAUAGACCAUGCAAAACAUGCGUUGUCAUUAGUUCGCACGUUUUCUUUAAUUCACCACUGCUUUCUUUAAUUUUAUUUCGCGCCGCAACUCAAUGUUGCAUCCCUCAUGCAGUGGAUUGUACUUGUUCACAUUGACUGUGAGAUCAAGUAUACGCAACAGUGCCCACCCACUAUCACGUUCUUGAAAUUCUUCCAAAGAUGCUAAGGUGGGUUCGAUGACGCGUGCUCGUAUCACUUUUCCAAAUCCAAAGCAGAAAGGAGUUCACACUUUCUCGUGUUAAUGCUUUUGAACGCGUGAUUGUCAUUCGCGAUGAACUCGCCAUUGAAAACAGUGUUCACCUUAAGAUUGUUGUGUCUUUCCAUAGCACUUCGCACGUGCUCGAGCACCGUACUCUUCGCAUCUUAGAGAAAUCGAAGAGGUCCAAUAUGGUUCGUGUUGAUAACCGCGCCGGUUGAUAUGCGGUUUUCGAAUGCCGUAUCAAUUUCUCUCCAUAUUAAUUCUGCAGCUCUUGAUACAUGCUCUGCACCCAUAUGUAUGAAGCGUUCUUGUACAGAGAUUUUUAAUCCCUCGAGUCGCGCAAUACGAGCCAUUGAUUGCGCGGUGCUAAUCAACAAUCGCGGUCGUUUUGAUCAACUUUGUUCUUCCAAACAUCUGAUACACUUGUCACACUUUUGCACCCACGCGUCGUAAACCUCUCGCGAAUUCAGAUGAGUGGAUUGCUCCAACAAUUCUCGUUCGGUUUGAGCGAAGUCUUCCAUUUCUUUAUUAACUACAGAGGAUACUCUGCUCUCUGGAACGCUUUACUUUAUAUUCUUCCCACUAGAAAAAAUAUAUAGAUUCUCAGAGGUAUAACUUAUUUCAAAUACGAAACCUUCGAUAUGAUAUCAAUAUUUUCAAAGAUUUCAGGUUUAGACAUGUGUAAGCCAGAUAGGUCUAAUCCAAAAUAGCCAUAUCUUUUCACAUGAUGCAACACUAAGUUUUUCACAGGAUGUGACCUACGAUAUGAUACAAAAUUUUUCCAUAUAGAUCCUCAGAAGUAUAACUUACCUCAAACACGAAACCUUCGAUAUGGUAUGAACAUUUUUCAAAGAUUUCAGGUUUGGACAUACGUAAGUCAAAUAUCUGCGCAUGUGCUACAAAUAUUGGUAACUCCGAAGAAUAAGAGAAGGGGAUGCACUAAUAUAUAGUAACUAUAAUAUCAAGCUUCGGAAAAGUUUUUGUUUUAUCAGUUGCUCCGUAAAAACGAGAUUCAUCGGUUGUGUCUACAUAGUAAAGUUUAGAAAAAUGUAUGCUGUCGGUGCCACAGUGAACGCCAAAGACACAAAUUUUUACACAUCGAUUCAACACACAGACGAGGCUCCAUCGCACAAAAAAAUAUGGGAGAGGGUAGGACAUCACUGCACGUAAGCGCUUGGCAAGGACAUAUAGAAAUGGUAGCAUUGUUGUUAAAAGAAGGUGGUGCUACUGUAAAUGCUCAUGACAAUGAAAAUAGAACACCGCUUCAUUCAGCUGCUUGGCAAGGACACGCAGCAAUUGUUAAAUUGCUUUUAGAAAAUGGUGCUACUCCUGAUCACAUUUGCAAUCAAGGUGCAACAGCUUUAGGUAUUGCUGCUCAAGAAGGGCACGAGCACUGUGUUCGAGCACUUUUGAACCAUGGAGCCGACCCAGAUCAUUCCGAUCACUGUGGACGGAAUGCUAUUAAAGUAGCCACUAAAAGCGGGCAUAAUAUGGUCGUCAAAUUAUUGGAAGAACAUUCUGCUAAUCAACGCAUUAUGAAGGCUGGCAUCAAUGGAGGUGGUAGCAGUAGUACUACUUCUAUAACUUCUAAUUCAACAAUUGAAACCAAGCCUUCUUCGGCAAUUUUGAACCCUUUAUCAACGCAGUAUAGUACAGGAGAAUCGCCAGAUUCAACAAAACGACGCAGUUGUAUUUCUCUAGGAAAUAAUUCAAAUAAUAGCAAGUCAAGCAGUAAUUUAACUAGUAGCACUAAAAGUGAUCAAGGAAAACUUAAUCAAAAUUCAAUUGUUAACUAUCAGAUACCAUUAUCUUUCACACAACAAUUACAACAAUGUUCAAGGGGAACAAAAAAUAGGCCACUCAGCAAAUUGUUGUCACCUUUAAAAAGCGAACCGCAGAGCCCUAUAUAUGCUUCACCACCACAUUCUCCAUUAAGCGACAGUUUUAUUCCUUACUCACCCACAAAUAGAAGUUCACCAAGUAUUCAACCAGUUGUCAACGUAAUACAAAGUCAGUUAUAUGAAUCGUUGUUGAUGAAAAAUUAUAAUAUACCCCACAAAACACAAACAGAAAGAUAUAAUAAUUCGACGGUUAUAUAUGAACCAAUUAACAUCAGACCUGUAGAAAAGCAUAAUGCUGCUAAACCAUUUGAUCUAACGAAUGAAAUAUUAGGUUUAAGUAUUGAAAAGAACAAACAAAGUAGACGCGAUAUUUCGAAAACUUUCGAUAAAAGAAAUUCAACCGAUACACAUUUCUCACGAGAUACCCACAUGAGAAUAAUAUUAGGAAAUAACGGAGCUGGUAUUGGUAGAAAUGUUAAAUAUACCUCAGACCAUACACCCGGAAGGUAAAUUAGUAACAUUAUAUAACAUAAAAGUUUGUAUCACACUAAUAUUAUAAUUAUAAUUUUCUCAUGAGACAUACAUUUAAUAAAUCUUUAUUGUAAUAAUAUAUUAGUUGUCAAAUUCAGACAUCAUAUAAACAGCAAUAUUACA